AUGGAGAGGGAAGUGAACUUUAGAAUCCAGUGUGGUUGGAACAAUUGGAGGAAAGUCUCUGGCGUGAUAUGUGACAAGAGAGUACCAGUGAGACUGAAAGGUAAAGUUCACAAGGCAGUAGUCAGACUUGCCUUGAUCUACGGCCUGGAAGCAGCACCUCUGAAGAUGAAUGCGGCAGAAAUGAAAAUGUUGAGAUGGAUGGUAGGAGUGACAAGAAGAGAUAGAAGCAGAAAUGAAUACAUCAGAAGGACAGUUAAAGUAGUUGAGGUGUCAAAGAAGAUUAAGGAGUCAAGAGUGAGACGUGAAAGCAGUGAGUCGGGUCAGUGGGUGAGUCAGCCUCUGCUUCCCGACGCAAGCGGCAGGUGCGGCUCCCCACAGGGCUUGCUUGCGGUAUUGCCUGCGGCGGCAGAACACUGGUGGGAACAGGCCUGGUGCUUGGCAAACGCAAAUGCAGUGCUUUGCAGGAUCAUUUAG